CAUUCUCUUCUCUGAUUGGCUGACUGGCUUGACGCUAUACGUGCGUAGGCGCUUCCUUAACUUGACGUUAGCAAGAAACGGCUAAAUAGAAGAUGUUGGUCCUGGUGUUAGGUGACCUGCACAUCCCCCACCGGUGCAACACCCUGCCAGCCAAGUUCAAGAAGCUGUUGGUCCCGGGGAAGAUCCAGCACAUCCUCUGCACAGGAAACCUCUGCACCAAGGAGAGCUAUGACUACCUGAAGACGCUCGCCGGGGACGUCCAUAUCGUCCGAGGAGACUUCGACGAGAACCUGAACUACCCGGAGCAGAAGGUGGUGACGGUGGGCCAGUUUAAGAUCGGCCUCAUCCACGGCCACCAGGUGAUCCCUUGGGGCGACAUGGCCAGCCUGGCGCUGCUCCAGAGACAGCUGGACGUCGACAUCCUCAUCUCCGGACACACGCACAAGUUCGAGGCAUUCGAGAACGAAAACAAGUUCUACAUCAACCCGGGUUCAGCCACAGGAGCCUACAGCGCACUGGAAAGCAACAUCAUCCCCUCUUUUGUAUUAAUGGACAUCCAGGCGUCCACAGUGGUGACAUAUGUUUAUCAGCUGAUUGGCGACGACGUCAAGGUGGAGAGAAUCGAGUACAAGAAAUCUUAAAGGAGGAGGAGGAGGAGGAGGAGGAGUUGGGUUAGCGUGUCUCAGUGUGUCGUUUCAUUCCUUUUCCACCAGGGGGCAGCAGCUCUCCUGCAGUCGCCACAAUGUUAAUGCCGUAACAAACUGUUUAACUCUAAAAGAAACGUGCAUUAUAUUGUUUAUAAGUCAUCAGCAUUUGCUUGUAUCCAAGCUGUCAUUUGGUAACUGUAGAGAAUGCAAUGUCACAUGCAUUUGUUAUCUAAAGAAAUAUUUGGUGCCAUUUUUCUUCUUUUUCUUUUUCUUUUUUGUUUCAUCAUUUCCGCCCCGCCCCGCCCCGCGUCCUGUAACCAGCAGGUCUCCAGAUUCAUGUAGUCUGCCUUUUUUUCAUUUGAUUUAUUUCCCACAAUAAAGAUCUUAUUUCACUCCA